CCAAUGUCAAUGGAGCAAUUAGCAGGUGCUUGUGGAGAACUGAAACGCGUUGUUCAACAGGUUAUGGAUCAAAAUCAGGAUUUGCUGAAGAAGUUGGAAGAAAAAAGUUGGAAAUCGGAAGAUUGGAGUUGAAAUGGGAGAGAAAGUUAGACUCGCUCGAUUUGUUCGUUCGACGCAAAUUCGAGAAGAUUUUGUUUCCAAACGGAAACAAAUCCAGCAGAAAGAAAGCGAAUUUGGAUAAAAAUCGAAAUAUUGCCACAAAAGUUGCGAAUCGAUUCGAGUUGUCGUUAAAUCAACCUGUACAUUUCUCUCAAACUAAUCCAAAAUCUACUCCUGAGCCACCGUGCACUUCAUCGAGUGGAGCAGGGGAUUGUCAUGAAAACUUGCCGGCUGAUGGAUACCCUAUUGAAAAUGAUGACGGAAUGGGUGAACCUGCCAGAAUGCUCGGGAAAAUUAAAAAGCCAAGGAGCCGCCUGGAAUGCAUCUUCUGCAAAGAUAGCCACACGAGAUCCAUUGUGAAUUGUCCAAAUAUUCGAAAAAUCUCGGAUCGGACGAAUAUUCUUAUUGUGCAAGGAAGGUGCUUGAACUGUUUGCAGUCAGCCGAUUAGAGCAGUUGCAGAAGAAUACAAACAGCUUGAGAAAAAUUGAUAAUACAGAGAAGCAACGCAAAGCAAAGAAAACAGAUGUACGAGUUGGUCGAAAAUUCGAUGCUCUUCGAAACUUUAUCGAGAGAAACAUUGAAGAGGUGGCUAGAGAUGAGCCAAUUUCUGAACAAAAGGUCAAUCAUCGUAGCGAAUUUUCAGAGCAAAUCAUCUUUGGUGAUUAUGAGAGAGGGCCAACAUUUUUGACCGGAAAUCUGGUUUCAUCCGGGCUUUCUACGUUUACAAUGGAUUCGGAGGUCUCUAACGAUUCAUUCGGAAUCCCGGGAACGAUGCCGUCACCAAAAUAUCUUGUCUCUCCAAUCAGUAACCCUACAUUUUCGAACAAGAAAACGCGCCUUAUUCGACAGUGUCAUCAACUCCACUCGAGAAAUUGUGCGUAUUUUGUGGAAAUGAGCAUCUUUCAAUAGUUUGCACGUACUAUAAAAGCCACAUCGACCGCAGAAACAUCUUGAUUUCUAAGAAGAAAUGUCUCGAUUGUGCAAAGCCCCGAGAGGAGUGCCAAGAUGGAGGGAAAUGUGAAAAGGCUCCUCGAUACUGUCAUCGUUGUAAAACCGACUCACACAUGAACAUUUUGUGCCCGGAGAUGUUUCCAGAAGUUAUCGUCAUUGAUGAUUGAGCUGUCACUAACUAGCAAAUUCUGAAUGUUUUCUUUUCUACUGAAAUAAACCC